AUGCAAAUUUACGGACUUUGUUUUAUUGUUGAACAGGAAAUAAAACCGAUUCCUUUACAAAAUGUUGCUGUUGAAGCUAAUAUCGUUGAUAUGAUCGCUGAAGUUACGAUCAGCCAGGUAUAUAAAAAUAUUGAAGAAGACACUAUUGAAGCGCUCUAUAAGUUCCCUAUCUAUGAAGCCGCAGCAAUCUGCGGGUUUGAAGCAGAAAUUGAUGGUCAAAGAAAAGUAAAGGGUAUCGUGAAAGAAGCAAAAGAGGCUGCGAAAGAGUAUAAUGAAGCAAUUCAGAAAGGACAUGGUGCUUAUUUGUUAGAAUCUGAAUCUGAAGAUGUAUUUCAAUGUUCUGUUGGAAAUAUUACAUCGGGACAAACUGUAGUCAUUAAGAUUACAUAUGUUACCGAACUUAAACAUGAUUCUGAAUCAGAAAAAAUUCGAUUUGUCCUACCAACUAAUAUUGCUCCAAGAUAUGGUUCUUCAGAAUACUCGUCAUCUUCAAAUGAUGGGAAAAUUCUUAAUCCUGAUGUUGUAUCUUAUUCUAAUAAAGCAGAUUUUUAUUUAGAACUUGCUGUUACUUGUAGAAUGACUUCAGCUAUUCAAAAUAUUGAAUCACCUUCACAUAAAAUUUCUACUGAAAUGAAUAUUGAAGGAAAUCCUAAAAUAUCUAAAAUUACUUUGACCGAACAAAUUACUUAUUUAGAAAAAGACUUUAUUCUUGUGGUUAAGAGUAAGGACCUUGAUCAACCACGAGCUUUUGUUGAGUAUAAUCCUGAAACACAAACUAAUUGUAUUAUGUUAACUUUGGUUCCAAAAUUUUCAUUAAAUACUACCAUAUCCGAAUUAGUUUUUGUUGUUGAUAGAUCGGGAUCAAUGGGUGUUGAACCUAUGAAGAAAGCCGCACAAGCACUUGAAUUAUUAUUACGUUCCCUCCCCGAAGAUUGUUAUUUUAAUGUAGUAUCUUUUGGAUCUGAUUAUGAUUCUCUUUUUCCAAAAAGUGAACUUUACUCCGAAACAACUUUAUCUGAAGCUCUUAAUCUUGCUCAAACAAUGAAAUCAAAUUAUAGGGGAACAAAAGUUUAUAAUGUGUUAGAAUGGGUAUUUAAAAAUUCAAGAGAUGAUAUGUCAACUUCAAUAUUUCUUAUUACAGAUGGAGAAGUUCGGAAUGUUGAUCAAAUUGUAGAACUUGUAAGUAAACAUGAAGAAGAAAAGAACGAUGAUUUACGUCUUUUUUCGUUAGGAAUAGGUGAUUCUGUUUCUCAUAAUUUAGUUGAAUCUGUUGCUCGUGCUGGUAAAGGAUACGCUCAAUUUGUAACAAAUGAUGAAAGAAUGGAUAAAAAAGUUAUUGGAAUGUUAAAAAAUGCUUUAAAACCACCAAUUAAGGAUUAUAAUAUUACUUGGACUGAGGUCAAUUUAUUGGAUGAAAAGGAAUUAGAUAUGACUCCAAUUGAAGUAGAUAAACCUACUAUUAGUUUUAUGAGUGAUGACAAUAUAGAACCACCACCACCACCACCAAGUGAUAUAUUCACUGAUAUUAAAGUUCAACAAGCUCCAUAUAUUAUUCCACCCAUUUAUUCUGGAGUUCGAUUUAUUGUCUAUUGUAUUUUAGAAAAAAAUAUUGAACCAUGGAAAGUUAUUACUUUAAAAGCUACUUCUCAAGAUGGCCCUAUGAAACUUGAUAUUCCUUUAGAUCCAGUUACUUUACAAGGUUCAAAGAUUCAUAGAUUAGCGGCAAGGAAACUGAUUCAAGAUCUUAAUGAUAAAAAAUCAUUUAUUCAUAAACAUCCUAAAAAUGCUAAUAAACAUAUCCCAGAUUCAUUAGUUAAAGAGCAUAUUGUUAAACUUGCUAAAACCUUUAAUUUAGCCUCGAAAUAUACAAGUUUCAUUGCAAUUGAUGAGCGAAAUAAUGAAAGUUUAUUUGAGUCCCAAAUAAUUCCACAGAUAAGAGAAGUCCCUCAAUUAAUUAAAUCAUAUGGGAGGAGGAGGAUGUUAACGGGAGAAGCAAGGCAAGAAGAUUAUUUAAAGAGUUUGUGCUCUUUUAACGGCAGUAAUGGUUUUAAUAACUUUAAACAAGAAAUUGAAAAAGAAUUAAGUGAAUUAAGUGAAAAGGAAAUUGAAGAAAUAUUAACUAGUUGUAUUGCUAUUGCUUAUUUGAAAAUUGUUAUGUUUGAUGAUUUUAAAGAUGAAUGUGAAAUGUGUUACGAAAAAGCUGAAAAAGCUUUUAAGAAAAUGAUUGGAAAUAAUGAAAAAGAAAAAAUUAUCAUUGAAAAAGCUGAAGAAUCGAUUAAAAAUUGGGUCAAUAAUAGUGAUUAAGGGUGAUCAAUCUGUUAAAUUUGAAACAUGUGAAUUAAAUUUGAUAUGUUGGCCUAU